AUGAAUUUCGGCGAGGACUCGGUCCCACUUCGUGAGUACAUUAAACCGGAGAAUUUGAGGCGUCAAUUGAAAGUCUUUGGACUGAUGGGUGAAAAAGACCAGUUGGGGUUUUCGAAAUUCACGAUGUUUUUAAAUAAAACCAUCGACGAUUUGCGUGCUAUAAAAAAAAGGGAAAAUACUCGCUUGGAAACUGUAUGGGAAGAUUCGAAGGGCUCCGACGAGAAAAUGGCCUACUUGGAAAGGAUCCUAACCAAACACAAAACUCGAAUGCGCAAACUUGAAAAACUUCGCAAAGCACUUGAUAAGACGCUGAUGGACGUAUUAGUUCUGAAACAGGAAACUACCGACAUAUACAUGAAAGCGCAUUUCCUCGCAGAAAAAAUUCGCGAAGCUCUGGAUAUGGAGAACGCAACGCCUUGGGGCUUCAAGAAGCUCAUCGCGCGACAUCACAAUGUAAUGGCCAAGGUGAAGGGCAACCUGGCCAAAUUACACAGUUACGAAAUGAAGUACAAUCCGGUAUACUUAAAGAAUGAAAUGGAAGCGUUGUCUUCUGAACAUCACGAUGACACGACGCUCGUACGCCUAGAGACGGAGAUUCGCAAACGAACCUUGAACCAGCGGUGGGCUGGCUUCGACGGCUUACUUAUGAAUAUCAACUCCUUGAGGCCCAUGAACGGCGAACAGCCCGGUCCUAGCAGCCGCGCUGACCGCCGCCGCGAUUCAGAUGAUGAUUCCGACCUUUCAGGC